AUUUUUUUACUCAUCUAAUCUCUCGCAUUCCAACAUGUCGGAGUCGGAUCAUCAAAACCCCAACCCACCAGCAAUGCCGGAGCCCAAGACCCGACCCGUCGGCGGGACUGAGCUCAGCUGGUGCAAAGCCGUUCCUAGCGGCACCGGCAUAACAGUCCUAGCCCUCCUCCUCUCGAGACCCCCAAACUUCUCAAAUCUCCAAACUGCCCUCCACAACCUCCAAAAUUCCCACCCCAUCCUCCGCUCGAAACACCAAUUCGACCCCGCCACCGGUAACUACUCCUUCCUCACUCCCCCCACCCCUCACCUCCAAAUCCAGCCGUUCGAUCUCCCAUCAACGGCUCCCAUUCUCCAAAUCAACCCCGACAAUAUCGCCCCGUUGCAUCAGAUCCUCGAGCACGAGAUGAACUUGAACACGUGGCAAAACCUCGACCCCUCGUUGGAAUCCGACACGGACGUGAUGUAUGCGAGCACGUACGCGAUAAGCGAGUCGCGGUGGGUACUGGUGCUCCGCCUGCACACGGCAGCAUGCGACCGCGCGGCGGCCGUGGCGGUGCUGAAGGAGCUGCUGGGGGAGUUGAAGUCAACGGGGGGAGGAGGGGCAGAGAGGGAAUUAAAGGGAGACGGGGAGGUGAGUUUGGGAAUAGAAGAUUUGAUCCCGAACGGGAAGGCGAAUAAGCCGUUUUGGGCGCGUGGGGUGGACAUGCUGGGGUACUCUUUGAAUUCGCUGAGGCUGUCGAACCUGGAGUUCCAAGACGCGAGUGCCGAAAGGCGAUCCCAGGUGGUGAAAUUACAGUUGAGCCCAGAAGAUACCGAUAGGCUGCUCGCUGGUUGUAAGUCUAGAGAUAUAAAAUUAUGCGGAGCCUUGGCAGCUGCUGGAAUGAUUGCUGCCCGUGCCUCUAAGCAGCUUCCCGAUCAUCAAUGGGAGAAGUAUGGUGUUGUAACCCUACUCGAUUGUCGGCCAAUUCUUGAUCCACCCCUCUCUAUCAAUCAUCUCGGGUUUUAUCAUUCUGCCAUCAUGAACACGCAUGACAUCAACGGAGAAGGCAAUACAUUGUGGGAUCUGGCAAAGAGAUGCUACAUGUCCUUUGCCGGUGCCAAGAACUCUAACAAGCAUUUCACGGACAUGGCAGACCUCAACUUUCUCAUGUGCAAGGCUAUUGAAAACCCUGGCUUGACCCCAUCAUCGGCAAUGAGAACUGCCUUUAUCUCAGUGUUUGAGGACACCGUGAUUGAUGAGUCUAGUGAAGUCAACAAAGAGCUUGGGGUUGAGGACUAUGAGGGUUGCGCUUCAGUCCAUGGAGUUGGCCCCUCCAUAGCCAUUUUCGACACCGUACGUGAUGGAUGCUUGAACUGUGCUUGUGUUUAUCCGUCUCCAUUGCAUUCGAGGGAACAAAUGCAGGACUUAAUGGACCGCAUGAAGAGCAUUCUUGUGGACGGUUGUAAGGAUGUUGAGAGUGAGAGCUAGGUUGUUUUAUGAUCUUAAUCAAGGGUGGCAUGUGCCCAUUGGCCAGGGCUAUACAGCUUUCCAAUGAAGGAUGAGAAGGCCCUAUAAGAGGCCAACCCGUCAGUUCACCGGGUUUACAGUUUAUUACCAGGUUCUCCUUCUCCCUGGAAAGUUCAUUGUUCAAACUUGUACUUGGUGGUGUAGUAUGAUGGUCUGCAAUAAAAUGGACAACAAAAUUUGUUUCCUACAAA